AUGGUUCAGCACCAAAUGGGAUAUAAUUUCAAACCUGGAAAAUACAAGCUCGCUAAGGGAUAUGAUUUAAUAGCAUAUCAUCCAAAUGACAUGACUGAAUUUACUCCGAGAUAUUUGAUGUCAGAGCUAAAUGACAAUUCAACUCCCGUCAUGAAACGCGUAAAAAAUAGAGACGGAACGAAAGAAGAAAGGUUUUUGAGUCCGGAUGACUUAGAAAGGGAACUUGUUGAAAACGGUCUCGGAAUAUAUGAAAUGCCAGCAGAUGAGGUACAAGAAACUCCACAGGAAGAACUAGUUCAGAUACAACCAGACAUGGAAGAAAUAGUUCAGCAACAACAGCUAGAAGAGCCUGAAGGAAACGAACAAGUCACUCCUUUGGAAACUAACUUCACAGAACUAGAUGAAGAUUUGGAACAGCCGAAAAAUCUUGACCCUCAACAAGAGUAUGCGGAGAAUAUGGAAUAUUUCCAAGAGUCUAAAAAAAAUUCAGCUGACAUAGUAGAAGAAUAUCGAAAAAUGUUUGCCGACAUACAAAAGACUCCAACACCAGAUGAAAAUAUUCAGCAUAGAAUGGAAGCACUGAAAGAAAAUGUACACAAAUACAACAACCCUUUUUACUUACGAGCAUUUAACGUUCAAUCUUCGGAUGAACUCGGUGAAAAUAAAAGGUUAAAUUUCAAGAAAACAUAUAGAAAUGAAACAUUGUUUAAAGUUCAUUCAGAACCUAACCAAGAUGGAAACAAA